CGCGACGAAGAGCGGUGGUUGAGGCGGCGGCGGUGGCGGGCCGAGACGCGGCGCUGAGUGGAGAGAAGAGAGGCGGCCGCGAAUUCCGAGCCCGGACGCCCAGUGUUUCCCCGACUGCUUUGUGAAGCGCGCAGCGAACUGUACGUCGCUGCUAGACUGCUUUUGUUUCUCGGCUCAAACUCCUAUAUUCCGCGUACAAAGUUUGUUUCUACGGAAAGAACUUCAAUCAGCUUAAGAGUGUUAGCACCAGGGAACUAUUUCUGUCUCCAACUCCCACAGUAGAAAGUUAUUUUUCCCGUAAAAGAUAGCCUCUGCGAAGUAACCCACCCGUCUCCUAUCCCCAACAUCCACGAGCCUGAGUUCCAACUCCUGCAUCGAAGGCCUGCGCUGCUUGGGAUAAACGCAUCGAUCGAGUUCAGUGAACUUCGACUGAAGUUUUCACGAAGACUGUCGUGCGUAGUUUUGUACAAAUAGCCAGAAGGUAUUGUGACUUUCCUUAACCGUAAGCUCCCUAGAGUGAUUUUUUUAGGAGGAUAAGCAAAGACUGGACUGCAUUUCCUUGCAUCCCAAGUGGAAUUUCGACAGCUUCCAGGAGAACGCUCCUCACAACCACCUUCCAGGGGCAAUAUUUUCUUCCGAAAGACGAAAGGAUGCCGACAACGUGACAUGGUCCCUUUCCGGCUGCGCGGGACUCUGGUCCUGCAGCGAGCCACGUCACAUCGCUGUCUUAUGCCAAGGUGGCAUUGGCUGCUAACCUGCAUCUUGCCCCUGCUGAGUACGAUGCUGCUGCUGAUGACGACCGUCGGCGCCGAGGAGGCCAAGGAAGAGAUGUGCCCAUCUUGGAACAGGAAGCCCUGGUGCCCGUGCUACGAGUUCGACAGUGACGUAUUCCUCGAGUGCAACUCCGUCACGCCUGACCAAAUACGGAGUACCCUGUUCGAAAUUCACAGCCCCGUCAAGAUGCUCAGCAUAUACAACCUGCGGUCCAACAUAACCACGCUGCCAGCCGGAUUCUUCGUCAACAGGACUAUUUCGCGACUGUUCGUGUCGAAUACUCAGCUGGAGAACGUGGAAGACGGCGUUUUCGAGGGCCUGGAAGACUUCCUCGAAACUUUAUCGCUGACGCAAAGUAAACUGAAGCACGUUCCCAAAGGAGCACUGAAAGACCUCAGGUCACUUCGGUCUCUCGAGCUAAGUUCAAACAACAUCGGCGCACUUGAAAGCUACGUUUUUUACGGACUUCAGCUAACAAACCUACAACUUUCAAAGAACAACAUUACCGAGAUCACAGAAUAUGCGUUCGGAGGGCUCGAGAACAGCCUCGAGGAACUGAACCUAAUAGACAGCGGUCAAAAAGAGUUUCCGUUAAACGCCCUCAGAAGGCUUCGGAGCCUCAAAGCACUGAGACUCGCUGAAAAUGACAUCAAGGACAUACCGGACGACGGAUUUACAAGAUUCACUGCACUGCAACGGCUAGACCUAAGUUCAAAUCGCAUCCGCGAACUGAACGAGAGAAGCUUUGUGACCAUGCCGCGACUAAACUCAUUGUCGCUUCACAUGAACCAGCUGAGUGACCUAGAUGACUCGUGCUUCAUCCAUCUUCUAGAGCUGGAAGCACUGGACCUCAGCCAGAACAUCAUUCACACGCUCGGUCGCAAAGUCCUGGCACCUCUGAGAAGGUUAAGAACCAUCGAGCUGAGUUCCAAUCACCUGCACAGCAUAGAAAGUGGCACCUUCCGAAACAUGACUCAUCUUCGUGAAGUCCUCCUCAGCAACAAUAACAUUCUGAGGAUAACAAACGAUACCUUUCUAAACUCGUCCCAAAUCUCGGCGCUCUUUCUCGCGAACAAUGCUAUCACGCAGAUUGAGAUUGCCGCCUUUUAUCCGCUGCCGCAUUUGUUCCAGCUGCAUCUUUCUCACAACCAGCUGCGUUCGAUACACCCGACUAUGUUCAAGAACAACCGCGAACUGCGCUCCCUUUCUUUAGACAGCAAUCUGAUUGCCGACCUGCUACCGGGGACGUUUCAAGAACUUGUCGAGCUGCGGGACCUGAGACUCGAAAACAAUUUGCUGAAGAAAAUACGGAAAGGAGUUUUUUAUUCGCUCCCAAAUCUGCAAGAGCUGCACCUCCAGUUCAACCGAAUCGAGACAAUCGAAAAUGAAGCCUUCCAGAGCCUCGCUAACUUGCAGCAUCUCAAUCUUCACGGCAACAGGCUGACGGACGUAGGCGACAUCCUGAGCCGGUAUCCUUCCAGCCUUCGUUCUCUGAUCCUGACACAAAACGAAAUUAGCAACAUGCACACAGACAGCAUGAGCGGUCUAAACAAAGUCGAUAUUCUGUGGCUAGACUGGAACAAGCUCAAGAGGAUAAAGAAACAGAUAUUCCGAGACCUCAUCGAAGUGGACCGACUCCACUUGAAUCACAAUGAAAUAAUAGCCAUCGAGGACGGCGCAUUUGAGAGAAUGGUAAAGUUGAGGGCUCUUUACCUCGAGUACAACACGUUGAGCCACGUGAACACGGACAUGUUUCGAGGCGCCGAAAGCCUCGAAGAGCUCUACCUAUCGCAUAACAACAUCAUGGAUAUUGAACCCCAAACGUUUCAAUCGCUCAAGAAACUGCGCAUUCUGCACAUGUCGCACAACCAAAUUUACGUUAUAAGAAAGUACAUGUUCGAAGGUCAAAUACCCCUACAGGAAUUGUUUCUUUCGAGCGUGAUGGCUGAAGACGUUGAAGCAGGAUCGUUCCUUGACCUCUCCUCACUCACUCAUCUCGACCUUAGCAAUAACAAACUAAUUAGUGCUAGGGUUGACUUCUUAUACCUACCUAGCGUCAAAGAACUUGACCUUUCGGGUAAUAACCUAACAGGGGUUCAUGAUAACAUUUUUUACGGCCUGUCUUCCCUGGAGACCUUGAAAGUUGAGAACACCGAGAUAAGCCCAAUCACUAGUAAACUUUUUGAGCCACUUUCGCAACUGAGGGUCUUGAAUAUCAAAGGUAAUGCCUUGGAUUCUUUGGAUGGCACAGAACUGCGAGGUCUUGUGAAUGUCACAGAACUACAUCUUGACGGAAACAAUCUCAGAUCUUUGCCACUGGUUUCUGAGUCCCUGCCGAACUUGCAGUUAUUGUCACUGUCAGAGAACAAGAUAGCUACGAUACCGAGCAACGCUUUCAAAGGAAACGUCGAACUUACGAAGAUAAACCUCACCGAUAACAUAAUUUCGGCCAUAAGCAAAGGUGCAUUUCGUGGUUUGCCAAACCUGAAGGUGCUGGACCUCACCCAUAAUUCGCUUUUCUCAAUCAAUUCCACAAUCACCGAUGACCUCGGAACACUUCAGGUCUUGUCCCUCGACGGGAACAACUUCACAUUCAUUCCGAAUUCUCUCCUAACCUCUAACAUGGAGGAACUCACGACGCUAACCCUGAACAGGAACCCUCUAAUCAGAUUUCGUGAAGACUUUACCACCGAAGGAAGCCUACCAGCACUGCGAACUCUAAGCAUAGAUCACGGCAAUAUCUCCAUCAUAGCGUCCAAUGAUUUUCUGGGCUUCCCUUCUCUCUCCAUGCUCUCUCUUCGGCACAAUAAUAUCAUAAAGGUAUCGCCCGGUGCCUUCAAGCCUUUGAAAAAGCUCCAGGUGCUUGAUUUGGGAUACAACGCCAUAGAAAUCUUGCCGUCGGAACGAUUCCAGGGCAUCGACCACCUGCAGGUGAUCAACCUCACGAGGAACAACAUUGCGGACGUGAGCAGGUUUGGCACUGACCUGCAACGUUUGGAGCAUCUAGACCUGUCAUUCAACAAAGUCAGCCGGAUUCACGAAGGCGUGUUCAGCAGCGUCUACGGUCUGAAAGGGUUGUGGCUACGCGACAACCAGAUCGUCUGGAUAGCCGUCAACGCCUUCGCGAACCUAACGGCGCUAGUCAGCUUAGACCUGCGAAACAAUCGGCUCGCCUACCUCUCCAGCUCAGUGCUACAACCAAUUGAGGUGCGCCUAGGAGAGCUGCUCCUCCACGGGAACCCAUUCCACUGCGACUGUCGUCUACUGGGUCUCUGGGAGUGGCUGCAAGACCACCCGCGCCUGAACACGCGGCAACCGAGCUGCGCGCAGCCGGACAAGCUGGCAAACCAGUCUGUCGCCUCACUGCACCCGGUCGACUUCUGCCCGGCGCCCUUGAUGACUUCCGCAGAGGUGCGACGCCUCGACCACGACCGCCUUCAGCUCGAGUGGGACGUGCAGAACGGCACGCUCAUCGGCGGCUUCCUGGUCACUUACCAUGCCACCUCGGAGCCCGCGCCCGCAGCUGGCGCAUCUCUCGAGCCGGGCGUGCGCCGCUAUGAGGUGGACGGUCUGCGCUCCGAGACCUGGUACACGGUGUGCGUCACCGCUACCGGAAAGUACCUGCGCAGCCUCGGUCGUCCAACGCCCUACACGGCCGACGUGGAGCGGCCCUACGACAUGUCCACCAACAACCGCAAGUGUCUACAGGUUCGGACUCUGGCCCGCACAGACAGGACCCGCGUGACUCUGUCUACGCUGGGCAUGAUCCUGGGCGGCAGCGUGAGCGCCGUGCUCAUUCUCGUGCUCGCUGUGCUGCUCACCGCCCUCAAGUUCCGGCGGCGACGCCGGCGUCGGCGACCUGCCAAAGCGCAAGAAGUUCCGCAGGAGUACAUCUCGUAUCGACAUUUCUCAAUACAAAGCAACGACGGCGUAUACUCCUGACAGAGGGAGCAGCGCCUUGCGCAAGGCGACAUCGUCAUCGAGUGAUUGUGAUGACCGUACUUUCCUCCCACGCCGUACUGUGUGGAAUACCGGAGCGACAACGACUCCGAACCGACUAAUGGUGUUCGUACGCACCGGUGUUUGCCAGGGCUCAAAGAAGAGUUUCAGGGUCAGUGCAAUACCGAGAUUACAACAACGUACAGUUAUGUUCUUUAUUUUGGGCCACUUACAUGUCAGGCGCGCAGAAGUGCUUUUUCUUUUGUACCUUGCGCUAUCACAUACAGUGCGUUUAUUUCAAGCUGAUUCGGAGUUGUAUGCAUGCAGAGGUCCCUAAGUUUAAACACCCAUCUAACACCUUGCGAACGAGAGUACUCGAUACUCCCUUCGCAGUGGUGACGUACUUAUUAUUAGUUGCCAUCACGCGUGCUGUUCGUAAAGAUGGAUUAACCGGAAGACCGUUCAUUUCCCCAUCCUAUUUUUGAUUGACAUAUGAAUCAUAGUAAAGGUUGGGGUAGUCACGUGACUACUUCCUAUUGCAAUGGUUAUGUGACCGAUAAGACUUCUAAUAACGGCAAUGCAAAUCCCGGUGCCCUGUAUAAUGCAUGAGUGCUCUCAUAUCUGAUGUGGGUUCACUAGAAAAUCGAGUUUUCGGACAUGCAGUCAUAUAAGAUAGCUAUGAGCGAGAUCCCAAGCAAAGGGGAAAAACUUGUUCAACGUUACGCGAGCAGCCUGGAAUAAAAUAUCUGUAAUUUGCCAUUUACAACAUUUACUAACUGCAGACUUCCGUACACAAGGCGGAUUUUUGCGCUUUCUUUUAAGGAUUUAACAUGAAGCCGAUCCGGUCUGUACGAAGAAAGAAACGUACCUCAAUUUGUAUAUAGCUCUACGGAGCUGAGAUAUAUUUUUUAUUUCUUUGAGCGCUGUUUGAAUCACCCUGAGAACACCAGUGUGGCCGAGAGAAACCGUUGUGCUUCCCCGACACAAUUAUGGCUGCAAGGCAGAGAAUAAAAACGGCAAAGAAGUUUGGACUCUUCCGAACUGUGCCUACGUGAUCUGCCCAGCCCGGUGUACUUGGUCAAAAAGGAAGUGAUUGCUGAGACAAGAGCUACGUGGACUACCAGAGGCUCGUUCUGUUGUGACGCCUGCGAAACGUGACAGCAGCAUAGACUUCCGCACGUAGCCUGCAUACGUGCGUGAUUCUAGUGACGAGGAGAAUGCGUUUGGCGAUUAACAUUCGACACUGCGUGUACAUAAACAGUGCGUAGCGAACUCAACGCGUGAUGGUUGUUCUUGAUGUUGACUGCACUUCUUGUUUUUUUAUUUCUCUUACAGCAACGUCGCAGAAUAAGCACAUUUCAUAUCUAGAAGCAGUUGUAUACCCGUGCACUGUCUGAAACAAGCUUAUCUUGGGGAUGGGUAUGAAGAGUUUGUGCUCAUUGUUUUGUACCGGUUAUCUAAGCCGCACUGAAGUUCUUGUCGUGUGACUGAUUAAAACAUUACGCUGUUUGGACGAAUGUAAGUGGGAG